AAAUAAUAACAGAAAACAAAUAAAUAAUGAGUCAACGUAAUUACUGUUAACUUUUGCCUUGUGAUUAAACGAAAGAAUUCCGACGCAUUAAACAAUGGGUGGCUUGUGUUCAUCAUGCUUUGGCAGCUCCGCGGAAGAAUCCAAUUUAAUGCCAUCGCCAGAAACUAGGCGAAAGCAACAAUUGGAAGCCGCAGAAAGGCGUCGCAUAGAGAAUGAGUCCAGAGGUAUAAAAGAUCCGGAGCGUGUAAAGAGGCAGCAAAUGCGUAGCGAAGAGAUACAAAGACGGGAAGAGGAAGCAGCACGUACCGGUGGCCAGCCCACAUUGAGGUGGCAGCAGGAUUAAAUUUAAACAAAUUCUAAAAUCAACAAGUCUGAUUAAAAGAAAAAAUUCGUAGUGAUUGCGGGCAUUUAAUUUCAUUGUUUACAAUCAAUCCCCACACUACAAGAUAUCGUUAAUACAUAUUUUUAAAAAGUUCGGAGAAGAACAAUUCUAACGGGAAGAUGAUAGCCGGAGCCAUUGACCCCGAGCUAAUAAUAAUAUUACUGAUGGGAAACAAAGGAACAUUAACCAAAAAACUCAUAUAUACCUAUCAAGAUUUCCACUCGUACACACUACAUAUAUCCGUAUUCAAGUAUCUGAAGCCAUACAAGUGAAUAUCUUUAUUACACCAAGUUCACUCUUUCUAUUAUUUUUGUUGUUGUUUUUCAUUUUUUGUUGCACAUAUAUAAAUAAGCUUUCACCAAAAAUCAUAUUUAUAUAUACAAUUAUAUAUAUAUUACAAAUAAAUUUGUACUUUUCAAUAUUCUUUAAAAUAUA